GAAAAAGGAGGGGCGUCAGCAGGGCUAACGCGAACAGCUGGCGAAUAGUGGGGGGUAGUCGCCUUGAAAGAGGGGGCUGGCGACUGUCGCACAGCACCGCGAUAUCCCAGCUGGCUAAUUGGGCAAAUCGUGAGGCAUCGCGGGCCAGUUCCUCUGGGGAUAAUUGCCUGGCUGCCUGGGAGGGAGUGUCCAUGCGCCACUGGACUCGUCUGUGGUAGAUUCCAUGUGCGAAUCCUGGAUAUAUGUACCAUCUCGUCUUUCUUCUUCGUCAGUUGCCUCCCGCAAUAGGCAGCCCCGCGUCAUCCGCCGGUACACUCCCGGAGUGGCGUCCCCCCUCGUCCUGGGCUGGGGCGGCGGAGUGGUCCGAUCCCCAGGUAGGUUCAAUGGUGGCUUCCAGUUCUCCCCAGCCAGUACUCGGAGGAACUCGAGUGUGUCGGGGGAGCAGCAGCCGUAUGUCUCAGUGGCGACUCCCAGCACCUUCACAAAGGUGAGUCGUUCGUCGUACAGGUCCCGCUUCUUGCCCUGCAUCUCUGCCGCCAUCCACCCCGUCCCCUUUCGUGCUGUUGGGUCGCGGGUUGAGAUGGGGUCGGUGACUGUGACGUCACAGACCCAUACCGCGCCUGAGUCCGGGCAUCGGAGGGUGAUGUCGGCGCGGCGUUGGGCAGUUUCGGGUAAGUAGAGCGUGGAUUCCAUGUGGGCCACGAAGUGGGAUUCUCGGGCCAGUCGCAUCCCGAGGUUCACGAGCGCGUCGUGGGUCCGCUUUGGACCCCCGCCUAGGGUGCACCGUAGCAUGUGGUUGGGCAGCCGGUUGUCUGGUAUCGCAUGCUUUUCCCGGCAGUUGCAUUUGCCGGGUAGGGAGUGCUGCAGGCCCAUGCGGAAGGCUAGGGCCGUGGCAAAUUGCCCCUUGCUCAUGCUUAGGUCCGGGGAGAAGGGGAUGGCGACUAGCCAGUCCCCUGCCCCUGGCCCGAGCAGGGAGAGGAGGCGCUGGGUGUGACCCAGGAGGGGGUUGAGUGGCAUGAGCAGAGGCGGGGGAGCUGGAUCCCGCUCCUCGCGCCGUUGAUGAGUUGAAUCGGUCGCUCGUGGCGAAUCAGCGCCCGGCGAUCUUGGCCGCUUGCGCGGCGGUGCUUCGGGCUUUGGAGAGUCGGGCCGGGGCCCUUGUCCCGCCGUCGGCUUUG